AUGACAAUCACCGAGCAUCGCUGUGCGGCAGAUGAUGAGAAUCCAAACAUAUUCUCUGCAUGUAAUCCAGCCACACUUUGCGGAAGCAACGGUGGCUUAGAGGAACAAAAGUCUUCCCUGCUAGCUGCUUGGGUGGUACUAUUGCGAGACUACUAUGCACCGAAUCUGCCCACCUUUAUGCACCUCCGGUUUCAGGAUGAUGACUUCUCGAACGAGCAUGCAAAGAUAUCUCCUGAUGCUCUUCAUGGUCAACGAUUGUCAGUCCAAACCGAUACCGGUGCCACUAAUGAGCAGCUGAAGAACGUAGUAACUCAGGCUGUGAAGACCACUGAUUGGGUUGGGCUCACUACCAUGAAAGAGAAAACAGCUGUUUUGGUAUCAUUAAAAGAGCAGAUUAAUGGGCUGCCGCAAUUGCUCGAAUUGCUUGAGGUACAAGGCCCUCCUUAUUCCAUUUUGAUAAGAGCAGAACUGACUGAAGCAUUUUAUCUCCAGGUCGAGAUCCUUUUAGUGAUAACAGAAUCGGAUAACUCUUUCAUGUUAAAAGCAUACACCAGCGGAUCCAAGCGACCAGAGUUUAAACCGUGUGGUAUAUUGAACAACUUCAAAAACAUUCACGGCGCCCUCGUUUGCCAAUCAGACAUGAAGAUCAAUAAGAUAAGCACUAUGGCUUCACUGGACGUCGAGAGACUCCGCCAAAUCAAUCGAAACAAGUCGCAAGCUAGAAGACCCCGGGAGUGCCUGCAUGUCCUCAUCGGCAAGAACUAUUCUCGGCAUCCUGAGAAAAUUGCACUAGCAUCGUCCUCGAAAAGCAUCACGUACGCAGAACUGGCCAAAAGCUCAGCCACCGUAUCUCAUUUCCUGAUGAGCAAGGGUAUCCGGGCUGGAGACACAGUGGGUCUCUGCAUGGACAGAUCUGUCCAGACGAUCAUUACUAUGGUUGGGAUUUUGAGAGCUGGAGCUGCAUAUGCCCCAAUGGAUUCGUCCUCUCCACUAGGAAGAAUCACACAGAUCGUGGAAAAAGCCGACAUAAAACAUGUGAUCACAGAAGACAAACUACGUGACAAAUUCAAGGACCUCAAAGCGACCUUGAUCACGCCGAACCAGCUUGAACAUGUUCAGUCCCCCAGAGACUGGCUUGAAGAAGCCAACACCGACACAUCAAAGCCUGUGUAUUUGAUGUUUACAUCUGGCAGUACGGGCCUUCCGAAGUGUGUUGUCCACGGCCACGGAGCAGUGUCUCUCAGCCUUCUCGAGUGUAUCGAAGAGCUUUCAAUCAAUGCUUCUACCCGAUUCAUGCAAUUGGCAAGCUUGGCCUUUGACGCUAGCAUACUAGAAGUCUUCGCACCACUCGCUGCUGGCGGAUGUCUCUGCGUGGUAUCACAAGAAGAGCGAGAUGGCGAUCUGGAAGAACCUACCAAGUCUUCGCAGCCUCAGCGUUGGAGGGGAGCCUGCUUCUGCAGAGCUCGUGUCGACAUGGGCGAGCGCGUCCAGCUGAACAACCUAUAUGGCACAACUGAGACGGGUGUGUGGGACACGGUGAAAAUAGGAAUGAGACCAGGCGGCCAUCCCAAGAACAUCGGCCGUGGCAUUGGUGGUGUCACAUGUUGGAUCACAGACCCAUCCAAUGUGCAUAGGUUGAUGCCCUUUGGCGCCGAAGGGGAGCUACUUAUCCAGAGUCCCUACGUCGCACUCGGGUACUUGCAGGACCCGGACCGUGAAGCGCAAACCAUGCUCGAUCCUCAGUUCCUAGAAUGGAGACCUCUCAUGCCCCAGGUUGAAGGAACCCGAGUAUACCGUACAGGUGAUCUUGCCAAGUACAAUGAGAAUGGCGACUUGAUCUUUUUAGGUCGCCAAACCGGAUACGUCAAGAUCCGUGGACUACGCGUGGAUCUGGGAGAGGUUGAAAAUGCGAUUAUAUCAUGCCUCAAAUCCGGUCGCUCGGCAGUCAUCUUGUCCGAACACGAAGGUCAGGAUGUUGAGAUUGUUGCUUUUGUCGAGACAACUGAUUACCAAGAUGAUCAACUGGCCGAAAAUAUGCAUGACCAGCUGUCCAACUUCCUUCCCGAAUAUAUGAUUCCGACCGCGUUUGUGCUAAUAGAGUCCAUGCCACUCACGAUGUCAAAGAAAAUUGACCGACAGCAGCUUCGAGCCAGAUUAUCAGAUAUGAGCCAAAAAGACCUUCAAGCAUACCGCAAGGGGGGCUUUUCAGUCAAUGACUGCUGUGAGAUACCAAACACCAGAACACUGGCGGUCGAAAUCAGCAACAUUAUUGCAGACAUGUUCGAGAGCAAGGACAAUGACUUCGCAGCAUUUCUCCGAGGAAAGAAUUUCCCCCUUGCCAGUGUCGGCCUCACUUCUAUGCACCGGGCAUCGUUGGUGAACUUGAUCAGGAAGAAAUACCAGAAGAAACUCAAGAUCGAAGAUUUGCACAAAAAUGAUUUGACGGUUUGCGAUAUCGAAGACUGUCUUCUCGGAACAAAGGAACCCACGAAGAAAACGAACCAAGCCAGAAAUCUGAUGGCCGAUCUCGCGAAUCUGAAGCCAAAGCUCGAUUUCUUUCAAAGUCGACAAGCAACUGUCUUUCUAACGUCGAUCACUGGAUUUCUCGGAAGCCAGGUAUUGAGGUGUCUAUUGGAACAUCCGGAGAUCAAGUGUGUCAUCGGCCUUGUUCGGGCGAAAGAUGAAGAGCAAGCCCGGCGGAAAGUUCAGCAACACGGCGAACUAGGCCAUUGGUGGCAGCCUGGGUAUCAAGAUCGCAUCGAAGUUUGGACUGGAGAUUUGAGCAAACCCCGGCUUGGAUUGGAACAGUCCAAAUGGGAACGCCUGUUUUCAACGGACGAAGCAAAGCGCGUCGAUGGCAUUAUCCACAAUGGAGCCCGAGUAAACUGGAUGGAUAGCUAUGAAGAUCUUGAGCUUGUGAACAUCCACAGUACUAUCGACAUUCUCUCUGGGCUUUCGAAGAUGGAGUCUCCUUGUCGACUGAUUUAUGUUUCCGGAGGAUACAUGCCAAUGGAGCCCGAGAAUCACCUUGAAAUUGCCAAGAAGCUCUCGGAAGCAUCAGGAUACGACCAAACGAAGUUCAUGUCCCAAUUGCUGUUGAACGAGUACAAUAAGCACUUGGGCCGAGCAAACGCCAAGGCUGAAAAGGCGCGGACCGUGAUACCAGGGUUUAUUGUCGGAACCCGGAAAGAGGGCAUCGCACAUACGGAAGACUUCCUGUGGCGACUGGCGUUCAGCAUUGUUCGACUGAAAGCCGUUAGCCAGGAUCUCCAAUAUCUCACUGUCGCAGGCGUCGAUCAAGUUUCCAGUCUAAUCACUGAUGUGUUCCUGUACCCGGAGCAAUAUUCAUCAGAAGUAAUCAACUGCGUGGAUGGAGUCACCAUUUCCACAUUCUGCGACGCUAUCAGCAGGCAGAUGCAGAUGCCAAUUCGAAGAAUGAGCCACCAAGAAUGGAUGAAGUUAUUGAAGAAAGAUAUGGAAGAAGCCGAUUCCAACCAUCCAUUCAUGCCAGUUUUGGAUUGGUUUGAGGAUAACACCUGGCAGUUCAUGGUUGAUCAAGACCAUGUCCCGCAGAACUGCUAUUUUGACCAAAAAGAAACGAUUGUCGCGCUGGAAAGUAGCGUGAGAUAUAUGAUGGAUAUUGGAUAUCUCCCGCAAGGUGAGGCCCAUCAGAGACAGCUGGACAAACCUGCUGUGUUCACUAGGUCCAGCUCUUGA